AUGAACGGAUUUCUGGUCGCCGCGCCCCAUUCGGGCAGCGGCAAGACGGUUGUCACGCUCGGGCUUUUGCGGGCGCUGCGCGAUGCGGGCCAUGCGCUGGCGCCAGCCAAGGCCGGACCGGACUAUAUCGAUCCGGCCUUCCAUGCGGCGGCGAGCGGCGAGGCUUGCAUCAAUCUCGACCCAUGGGCGAUGCGGCCGGACCUGUUGCGGGCGCUGGCGCCGGACCACGGCGCUGACAGGCUUCUGGUCACCGAGGCGAUGAUGGGUCUGUUCGACGGCGCGGCAGAUGGAACCGGAAGCGCGGCCGACCUUGCCGCCCUUCUGGGCCUUUCGAUCGUCUUCGUCGUCGAUGCCUCGCGCAUGGCCCAAUCAAUUGCAGCGCUGGUGUCCGGCUACCGCAGCCAUCGCAAGGAUGUUGAUUUUGCUGGUGUCAUCCUCAACCGGGUCGGCAGCGCCCGGCACGAGGCCAUGCUGCGCGCCGCGCUCGACCCGCUCGGUGUCCCCGUGCUCGGCGUGGUGCCCGGCGACACGGCGCUCGCUCUUCCCGAGCGCCAUCUCGGUCUCGUGCAGGCCGGCGAGCAUGCGGCGCUCGAAGCCUUCAUCGCCCAUGCCGGCACCGUGAUGGCACGCGGCUGCGAUCUGGAGGCGCUGGCCGCAAUGGGCCUUCCACGGGCUUCAGGCAAGGCGUCCGUUCCGCGCCUGCCGCCUCUUGGUCAACGCAUGGCGAUUGCCCGCGAUAUCGCCUUUGCCUUUUGCUAUCCGCAUUUGCUCGAGGGAUGGCGCGGGCAGGGGGCAGAGCUUUCCUUCUUCUCCCCGCUGGCCGACGAAGCGCCGGCAUCCGAUGCGGACGCGGUGUUUUUGCCGGGCGGUUAUCCCGAACUGCAUCCGGAGACGAUCGCCGGCGCAACGCGGUUCAAGACGGGCAUGAAGGCCGCGCGUGACCGGAACGCUGCGAUCUAUGGCGAGUGCGGCGGAUACAUGGUUCUCGGCGAAGGGCUGACCGGUGCCGAUGGCGUCCGCCAUGCCAUGCUUGGUCUGUUGCCGGUCGAGACCAGCUUUGCCACCCGCACGCGCCAUCUGGGCUACCGCCGGCUCGAUCCGAUGGCCGGGGCGCCCUGGCCGAUGCCGCUGACCGCGCACGAGUUCCACUACGCAACCGUCACGCGCGAGGGCGACGCCGAAGCGCUUUUUGCGGUGCGCGAUGCGCAGGGCGCCGAUCUGGGGCAUUAUGGGCGCCGGGUCGGCACCGUGUCCGGGUCCUGGUGCCACGUGAUCGAUUAUUGCCUCGAUGCGGCGCGCGCCUAUUACAGCGUGCCCGAGGGCGCCGCGAUCGUUGCAGCGCCGGGCACGCAGGCGAUCAUCCAGCGGCUUGGCGAUCUCAUCGGGACCAACCGGCGCAUCGGUAUCGUCACGCCAACCUACGGCGAGUAUGACUGGUGCCUCGCAACGCCCGACCGGGUGGUCGGGACGGUCCGCGCGAUCCCGGCCUAUGAGGACGGCUAUGACGGGGUCGUCUUCGGCAAUCCGAACAAUCCCGACGGCGCACGACACGCCGGCGAGACCGACCGCACGGCGGUGGCCGCUCUUCUGGCCCACAGCGGCACGGUGAUCGUCGACGAGGCGUUCGCCGAUGUGGCGCCUGAAACGUCCUAUGUGCCCGAUACGGGAAACGAUGGGCUGAUCGUGCUGCGCUCGUUCGGCAAGUUCUUUGGCCUUGCCGGCAUCAGGCUCGGCUUCGCCAUCGGCCCGCCGGGCGACAUGGCGCGGCUGCGCCGCCUGCUCGGCCCAUGGGCGGUGCCCGGACCGGCGCUUUUUGUUGGCGGCCGCGCGCUGCGCGACAUCGCCUGGAUCGCCGAGACCCGCACGCGGCUGAUGCGCGACCGGCAGCGGCUGACCGGGCUGCUCGAACGGCACGGUUUUGCGAUUGCAGGCCAUACCGACCUGUUCGUGCUCGCCGUUCAUGACCGCGCGCCGGGCAUUGCCGCGGCACUCGCCCGGGCACGCAUCUGGGUGCGAUCUUUCGACAAGGAUGCCGCCUGGCUGCGCUUCGGCCUGCCGGGAGACGAUGCGGCGUUCGCGCGGCUCGAAAAGGCGCUUGCGCAGGCGGUCUGA